AAACCUACCUGAACCACUGGUCUGCUUACUACGGCCGGGACGUGCAGCGAGCCUACAUUUGCAUGUAUAUUGUUUUGUAAUAUUUACAAACAAACCACAACUUCCGAAAGAUUUUCUGUAUAAGUAAACGUCCACGCCACAUCAAGCGCGAUGGACGGUCUCCUGAUUGGCUGGACCCCGAUGGCAGACUGAUGCAUCUGGCUGUUCUUCGUCCUCGCUUAUUCCCCUGAGCAUCCCAGACAGAACCUAAACACUCAAGGCUCUUACUAAAGGUGGAUGUCUUAAACCAUGAGUUUACAUGGAUCUCAGAGACAGGCCAACGGGGUGGCCCGGUCGGACAGCAAGAUCAGCGCCAAGGCCCUCUACGAACAGCGGAAGAAAUACUCCAACUCCAAUGUGAUCAUGCAGGAGACGUCGCAGUAUCACGUUGAGCAUCUCUCCACCUUUGUGAUGGACAAGUCGGAGUCCAUCGCCACCGUGGACGACGCCAUCAAGAAGCUGGUCCUCCUGGACUCCAAGGACAAGAUCUGGACCCAGGAGAUGCUGCUUCAGGUCACAGACAAAGCGGUGCGGCUGCUGGACUGUGACACACAGGAGGAGCUGGAGAACUUCCCCCUACCCACAGUGCACCACUGUCAGCCUGUACUGAACCAGACCCGCUACCCGUCUGUGCUGCUACUGGUGUGUCAGGACAAGGACCAGCACAACCCCGACAUCCACUUCUUCCACUGCGACGAGGUGGAGGCAGAGAUGGUUCACGCAGACGUUGACAGCGCCAUCGGGGACAACAAGCAUGGCAAGAAAAUGAGGCUGCAGACAUUAAAGGUAAACCAGGAAAAAAUGAAGCGUCAGAGAGAGACCAUUCUCCCUCCCUCGGGCCCUAAGGGCCCGGCCCCCAGCGCCAAGGGACGAGUGGCCGCCACAAGCAUGCAGACUGCAGACCAGCGAGGCUCAGGCCACGAGUCUCAUGAGAAGCUGGCCCAGCGUAUAGAGAAGGACGUGCAAAUCCUUAACUGUGCCCUGGACGACAUUGAGUUGCUGGUGGCGCGCUUGCAGAAGGCUGCGGAGGCCUUCUCCCAGCUCAACCAGCGCAACAAGAGUAAGAAGAAUAAGAAGAAAGGACCAGCAGAGGGCAUGCUGACCCUCAGGGCCAAGCCCCCCACUGAAGCUGACCUUGUUGAUAGUCUACAGAAACUGAAGCUGGCGUUGAACCUCUUGGCCAAGCUGAAGAAGCACAUCCAGAAUCCCAGUGCGUCUGAACUGGUUCACUUCCUCUUCGGGCCGCUGGAGCUGGUGCUCCAGAGCUGUGGUAGUCCAGACCUGGCCCGCUCCAUCAUUGCGCCCCACUUGUGCCGGGACACAGUGGACUUCCUGCGGGGGAACCUCUCCCCUAAGGAGAUGACCAUCUUUGAGCUGCUGGGCGAGGGAUGGACGAGGCCCAGAGCAGACUGGCCGAGGGACCAGUGUGCCCCCCCUUACUACCCCAAAUUCCGGAAUGGAUGGGAACCCCCCGCGGAGCACUUCAAGGUGUCGCCAUGGGAGACAGAGGGACCCACAGGGCCACCUAUGUCUCCCACCCCCCCGGACUACAAGAAGCAGUCCUCUGGGGAGUUUUACGGAACUCAUUCGUCCAAUUCAUCAAAUGGGUCUUAUAAUGGGAUGCCACCCACCCGCAGAUACGCCAAGAUCCGCUACCACUUCGUCGCUCGCAACGCCAAUGAGCUGUCAGUGCUGCAGGACGAGGUGCUCGAGGUGAUAGAGGAUGACAAGCAGUGGUGGAAGUUGCGGAACCGAAGUGGGCAGUCCGGCUACGUCCCCUACAACAUCCUGGACGUGGUGAAGCUGGAGGACCCACAGGCCAUGCAAGACACCUUCCAGCCCGGUCAGGGCUACAGAGGGCCAGCCCCUACAAGUCCCAUGGGCCCUGGGGGGGACAGUUUUGGCGUUGCGAGACACAAAGACAAGGUGAUAUCGCACCAGAUGGAUGAGGUCAACGAUGAGCUGCUGAAGAGAAUCACCACAAACAAGAGCCAGCCGCCCGCCAGGAACUUCCGCGUGGAGCGCUCCGGCGGGAGCAGCAUCCCGCUGACCUUCGACUCCAGCCCCCAGCAGGUCACCGCAUGGCUCACCGCAAAGUUCAGCAAACCGACGGUGGAGUGCCUGGGCAUCCUGACCGGGGCGCAGCUGUUCUCCCUGAACAAGGAGGAGCUGAAGGCCGUGUGCGGGGACGAGGGAGCCCGGGUCUACAGUCAGAUCACUGUGCAGAGGGCACAGCUGGAGAAGAGCACUGGGGACUCAGAACUUGAGGAGAUCAUGAAGAGAAGACAGGAGAAGAUUGGCUCCACCAGUGAGGACUGAACCCACCCACUUCACCAGUAGCCAAUAACAGCCCUGCACGGCUGGUCAUUGUUUCACCAGCCCAAUCUAUUCAGAGCUUACCAUUUAAGCAAAACUAUUUACAUGUCUUCACAAAGACUCACCCUACAGUAGAAUAUACCGAAUUGGUGUUGUACAAAUUGUAAUUGAAUAUUUAUUUUGUAUCACUGAUAAAUAUAAGUUUUCAAUUGUUUUCUUAUGUUCUUGCCUUUUUCUUCCUACCUUAUAAGCGUGUACUGUUGCUUGAAGAAGUGUGUGUUGUAUAAAAUAGAGAACACAACGCGAUUGACUGUUGAAUGUGUGUGUGUGUGUGCGUGUGUGUGUGUGUGUGUGCAUGAAAUUAAUUAAAUAUAUGUGGGCAAGAGUCAUUUGCGCAUACACAGAAUAAUAAUUAGCAAUGGUGUUUACUAAAUAACAUGUAAUUAUUAACCAAUCAUUGCAUAACCAAAAUUCCUGUGCCAGAAUCUAUUACAUACCAUACCAUUCCAAUAUAUUUUAAUUGAUCAUUGCUUUCAUGUGAUUACUGUUUACAGACAUAAUUGUAUAGCAAAACAUGUUAAAGUUAUGUGUCAUUCUAGGUUGAAAGCAAUAUAUUCAUAUGUCAUGUGAUAUUUGCUACAUUAGUGAAAUAAUUAGGGUGCAUAUCCUACUGGUAAAUUUCUAUUUUCCUUACAUCUGUUUCUGAACCUUUCAGAAUCAGGCAUAACAGGGGCUCUUAAAGGCAAGUCGUUUUAGAAGGGAAAUUGCAUGUCUUGUGGGAGUUAUCAUUAUGCUUUUUUUUGCAGCAUGUGGGGCACUCAUCAUGAAAUACUCAACACAUAAUGUAACAUGAGCUUGAUUCACUGAGAAAAUGUAAUUUUCUUUUCAAAACAAGUGUUAAAUAGGUGUUGGUUCAAAAAGAGGUUAAGCCAAAUAAAGAGGGCUGAUGUAAAUAGGAGGAUAAAAUGAGUUGAAAAAGAAUAUCUUAAUAAAAAUUAAUAAUGCUCAAGCAUUCCAUUCUUUGUGUAUAUGCA